UUCAUCUCCCAUCACAUGAUGCCCAUCCAGAGGCCAAUAGGGUUUUAGUCCUCUCUGCAUUUGAACAAGGUACCCAUGUAAUUUUAUCCAUUUGUAUUUUUAUCUUUUCUCAUCGUGGAAAGAGGGACCAUCUGUUUGAAACCCACAAUCAAACUCAAUCAUUUCCAAAGCUGCUUUUUGGAGGUGAGAGAAACAUUGUCUUCCCUUGGAUCUCCCAAGACUCUGAUUGUCACCAUACCUCAGUAGAAGAUGGAAUCCAAAGUCUCUGAGGGUGGUCUAAAUGUGACCCUCACAAUUCGACUGCUGAUGCACGGCAAGGAAGUCGGAAGCAUCAUCGGCAAGAAGGGAGAAACGGUGAAAAAGAUGCGUGAAGAGAGUGGCGCACGAAUCAAUAUCUCAGAAGGAAAUUGUCCAGAGAGGAUCGUGACCAUUACUGGCCCCACAGAUGCCAUCUUCAAAGCUUUUGCCAUGAUCGCUUACAAAUUCGAAGAGGAUAUAAUCAACUCCAUGAGCAACAGCACAGCUACAAGUAAGCCACCGGUAACACUGAGGUUGGUCGUGCCUGCUAGCCAGUGUGGGUCACUGAUUGGCAAAGGAGGCUCCAAGAUUAAGGAAAUCAGGGAGUCAACAGGUGCGCAGGUUCAAGUGGCGGGGGACAUGCUGCCCAACUCCACAGAGAGGGCAGUGACCAUCUCAGGAACCCCUGAUGCUAUUAUCCAGUGUGUCAAACAGAUCUGUGUGGUGAUGCUGGAGGUACAGUCUGUAACAAUAGGGUCCCCACCGAAAGGUGCCACCAUCCCCUAUCGCCCAAAGCCCGCCUCCACCCCUGUCAUUUUUGCAGGUGGUCAGGUAAGAGCCGACCCGCUUGCGGCCUCCACUGCCAACCUCAGCCUUUUACUGCAGCACCAGCCGCUGCCCGCCUAUACAAUUCAGGGACAGUAUGCUAUUCCACACCCAGAUCAGUUGACCAAGCUCCACCAGUUGGCUAUGCAGCAAACCCCCUUUACUCCCCUUGGACAGACCACCCCUGCUUUCCCUGGAGAAAAGCUGCCCUUACAUUCCUCCGAAGAAGCUCAAAAUCUGAUGGGCCAAUCAGCAGGUCUGGAUGCCAGUCCCCCGGCCAGUACUCAUGAACUCACCAUUCCCAAUGAUCUAAUAGGUUGCAUAAUCGGACGCCAAGGGACCAAAAUCAAUGAAAUUAGACAGAUGUCUGGAGCACAGAUCAAAAUUGCCAAUGCCACAGAAGGUUCAUCGGAACGCCAAAUUACCAUCACAGGAACCCCAGCAAACAUCAGCCUUGCCCAGUACCUCAUCAAUGCCAGGCUGACGUCUGAGGUCACUGGAAUGGGUGCACUCUAAAUUUCUACUCUUCUUAUUUCACUGUGCACCACCUGACCCUAUCCAACCAAUGACACUUCACCCAGCAUCUACAACCUCUAUACUUCCUUGAUCCACACCCUUCUAUCUCUUUGGAUACUUCUCUUUGGUAACAAAUAUAUGUGAAUGUGUAUAUAUGUGCAUAUAGGUCUAUGUCUAUGCACGUGUACUGCAUAUUCACAUACUGAGUUUCUCUGCAAAUUGCAUUCUGUGCUCCUAGUUCUGUUCCUGAAUUUUUAAUUUAUGCUGCAGAUCAGUCUAUGUUUCAGAUGUACAGUGCUAAUUAUUUUCCAUAGGCAUUGCCAGGGAUCCUCUUGGCAAGAUUUCAGAAGAAGGUUGAUUGUUCUUUCUCUUGCAGUCGCUUUUUUCUUUCUCUCUCUCUCUCUUUCUCAUCUCUAUUUAGCGCUAUUUAGCUAAGAUGACUAUCUUAGCAUUUUCCUUUUUAAUUUGCUUACGGCUCCUGUAGUAGGGGAGAUCUGGCCUCAUCUAGAGCAGUGGCAGCUUGGAAAUAGCCAUCUCACCUGUUCUUCCCCAUAUUCCUGCCCCCUUCGAGCCCUCCUUGCCCUUGGCGACUUUGAAACAUUUGACAUUACGUCCUAAGAAUGUGGCCUGUUGGAAGCGGAACAUGCUGGAGCCAGUGAAUAUAAACAGGUGGUCUCCACUGGUGAAUACAAAUAGGGGGUCCCCACAGGUUCCGGCAUGGUUUCUGUUGCUUCCAGUGUGGCAGAGCCAAAGUGAGCCAACAUUGGUAACAAGCAGAGAACGGGGAUGGGGUGGGUGUUAUUUCUUUAAAUACUGACGUAAAAUAAGUGGGAAUUGAGGUUCUGGUAGUGUGGCAGGGACAGCUGAAAACAUUUUUAAAGCAACAGCCCACAAACUUUGGAUUUAGCUCAGGACGCUUCAGUCUCACAGAGCCGGCUGUGUUUGCCAUUGUUUGUAUUCAAUAAAUGUCUGUGCAGCUCUGCUAGUAACA